CACAAACACAAGAGCCAUGUAGCGAUAAGGCACUUAUUUCAACCUUGCGACACAAUGAAAAGUAUAACUGCUUUGGCGUUUAUUCUAGUAUUGCUUUUAGGUGACUGCAAAAAUGAUGCUGAGGGAAAGGUCAUCAGGGGAUGUAAGGACGUCUGCUGUAAAAACGCCAGCACCAUAAACCUGACAGAAGCUUUAACAACAUGCUGUAAGGAGGCUGAAGAAUGCCUUUUGCCAAACCAGUUUUACGACUUUUCCUGCAGGUUGCAGAUAAUGGAUUGGUGCCUAAAAAACCAAGCAAAUACCAGCGCAAUAAAACAAAUACGAACUGUAUGUUGCAGAAACUAUUUUACCUGCCCAGAAAACAAUUCUGUAACACAAAGAAAACGUUGCACAAAACGACUCGACGAAAUAAGAGUCAAAUGGAAAGAAGUGAACUUUAAAACGAAGUACGAUCUAGUCCAAGAGGCAUGGAAAAAAGAAAAUUGGUCAUUUUUCCUGAAAAUGGCGUCACAAAAGUGCCUAAAGAAAUUACCUGACGGAGGGCUUUCCGUUAUAAUUUGGUACCCCUACUACACUAACGAUAAAAGCGAGACUGUGUUUGGCUAUGAGUCUCCACCUGCAUACCUGGCACAGCAAAAGCAGUCUUUCACCAUGUUUACGGUGGUCGCUUCCUCUUUCAGCCGAAUGUGGGUAACACUGUUCCUAUGUGUCACCUGGAGUUUGAUAUCAGGAGUUUUCAUAUGGCUAAUGGUGAGUAAAUACCUCGGUUUCGUAUAUUUAAAUGUGGUUUUUUAUUUAGUGUGCGGCAUGCAGGAAAUGCGAUGUUCGGGCUAACUAUCCUCCGAGACUGACUGGCUGAGCUGAAAGCUGAGAUAAUAGCUAGUUAAGGUGUUUUGAUACAGUUUCUCGGAGACCAUACUGACGUUUUUCACAAAAAAAACUUUAAAAUAGAUUAAAUCCGGAUUUCGCGCGAUCUAGACCUGCUACUGAAAAUCCAACACCAGGAACUUAAACUGCGAUGUUUAACGAAUAACCUUCGUGAGAAUUAAAAACUUAUGUAUUCUUGAAUUCAAAUAACACGGAAUCCACCAGCAAAUUGGGCAAUUUUAAUUUUCAGUGGACAAAAAUCUUGUACCAGAAUAAUAUAAAGAAUAUUGCAUUUUUUUUUUACAUUUUACAAGGGCUAAAGAUGUCAGUAAUAAGUCUUAUACUUUCAAUAGCCGUGAUGAAAUGUUUAAUGAAAAAGUUCUAAAUAACUCAAAUUAAUCUUAAGUAUCGUCAGAAGGCUGCUUAAUAUCAUAUUUCGAAGCAUGGAAAUUUUGGUUUGUUUCCUUUCUCGGGAUCCUGAAAACUAACCUGUUUUCUCACCACCUGUCUAGGUGCAGCUUUAUUCUAAAUUUUGACUUUUAGCGCUUUUCUGUAUAUCUCUAAAACGGCUCGACAGAAUUCUUCUUAAACCUUACCACAUAAUCUUCAUGACGUAUAUAUUAAUGUCUGAAACUUUCAUUGAGAUUGAUUCACUGCAACACCUUGAAAUUUCAAGACGAAUCUAGCCUACGUACCGACCAAAUAUACGAGUUGCAACAUUCACUGUUUUGACGUUAUGCUAAUUUUUGCAAAUUUUAAUGCAAACCACGCAUACAUCCAAGGCUAUUAGUAGAUAAUGUCUAAAAUCUGCAUUUUGAGUAGCCUUUAUAGCAGGAACAUGUUCCUGCUGAUGUCGGUGUUUUCUUGACGGCCCCAAACGGUUUUUUCAGCUUUUCAUUCUGUUUGCUUGAGCCUCCUUUCUUCAGUAGAGCUCAUCAUAAUUAUUUUUUAUUCUUUACCAAGUGUAUCUCAAAAAUAUCAGUUUACCCUACUAUUACUUUUUUCUUUAGUCUAGGUUUUGGGUGAGGGGAAAUCAUCAUCAUUGAUUGUAUUUAAUUUACAUCAGGAUCGUAGAGCGAACCAGCGCCAGUUUCCCUCGUCUUUUUGGGAAGGAGUUCGUGAAGGAGCCUGGUGGGCACUGGUGACAAUGACGACUGUUGGGUAAGUAGAAGGAGUACUGUCACGUGAUAUGAGUAGGAAACUCUAAUUUGGUUCCAACAGUUUAAACAUAAAUUUGCCCCAGUCGCGUUUAGUAAUUCAUACGAGGACGGAUCAGGAAGUUCUGUCACCAAGAAAAGUCCCAAGUUCUCCAAGCAACAAUGGUUCUUCAUUCUUAUGUUCAUCUUUAGACCUCAGUAACUGCUGUUCGUUAAGGAAAUUUAGUACUAAUAUAAAGCCCGUGUGGAAUUUGUCAGGUCCUUUACAUGCUGAUUUAGUUGCGACAAGGAGCCUUCAAGGGAAUAUUUUCGUUUCUACAGUUACACUCGUUAUAAAUUAGGUUUCCCAGCAAGGCCUGUCCAUGAAGACCUUGUGGCGGUUUAAGGAGACUUCACCUUCUUUUCGCACAGUUGUCAGAUGGAUUCAGUAUUUUAUUGAGAGAGCGUUGAAGAUGAACCACGUGCUGGGAGGCCACGGACGUCUGUGAUCGAAAGUUCUGUGGAGAAAGCCGAAGAAUUAAUAGCAGAAGACCAUACUAUAACACUCAGAUUCUUAGCCUUGGAGCUUGGUGUAAGCUACGGAAGUCGGCACAUGCUAUCGUCCACCAGCAGCUUGGUUGGUCCAAGAGGUGCGCAAGAUGGAUCCCCCACCAGUUAACAACAGAACAGAAGGAACAAAGGGCUAAAUCUGCCGCAAUUGCUUGGAACUAUUUGAACCAGAUGGCCCUAAGAGGUUUUCUGAUGUUGUUACGGGUGGCGAAUUUUGGAUUUCCUUCUACACUAUGAAAGAUAAACAUUCUAACAUGGUGUGGGUGGCCGAAGAUGAACCAUGCCUGGAGGUCCUAAAAACAGGUUUCCGUUCAAGAAAGAGAAUUUUCACCAAUUUUUUCAAUACUCAGGGGCCUGUUGUUGUCGACAUGAUGCCCGACAAAGCUACAACCACUGCCGCAUAUUACACAACUACUUCAGUUUUACCAAAAGUUCUUCUACAUAUUCAGUCCACGGCACAGACUCGACGUCGCUCUCGAAUCCAGUUGCAUCACAACAGCGCUAUGAAUAAUUAGUAUUAAUAGCGCUAUAUAAAUGAAUUAUAUUAUUAUUAUUAUUAUUAUUAUUAUUAUUACUAUUAUUAACACAGUUCCCCACAAAGCUCGCAUUACACAGACGUACCUUGAUGACAAUGGUAUCCAUUUGAUGGAACAUCGACCAUACUCACCCGACUUGGCUUCGUGCGAUUUCUGGCCCUUUCCAAAAGUCAAAUCAGCCCUUGCUGGGAAGCAUUUUUCAAAGAUCCAAGACCUUGCUCAAGCUGUGCAUGCAGAGAUGGGGGCCAUACCUGCUUCAGAGUACCAAGAAUGCUUUCAGAAGUGGAGGAUGAGGAUUCAGCGAUUUAUAGAAGUCGAGGGAAGCUACUUUGAGGGAAUGUGACUGUAAUUCUUGAAAUUGCAGGUGAACCAUGGGGGAUAUAAGUUAAGUGACAGAACUUCUUGAUCCGCCCUCGUAAAAGCAUUUACACCAACGAAUUACAUUACACUUUAAGCCAAACUAAAGGAUAACCAUUUCAGCGCGAUACUUAACAUUCUGCGACAUUGAAGACAUGAUCUCAGUGGAUUCCUAAAAGUAAUUACCCUUAGUGAGAAUAACACAAACAGGAACUAGAUAAUGAGAAGACUUUGUGUUGAGUCAUGUAUUACAAGGGUGUGAGACCACGCGACUUAUGUAAUAUUAAAGGUCUAAGUAUCACUGGAGCGCUAUUUCCGCAUAUCGAAAUUCACCAGGUGAUCUGGAGGUCUCCAAAAGGGAGGAAAAUAAAAAAGGCCAUAUUCUAGUAAAGGGCUGCAUGACAAUAUCUAUAAUGGACACGAGAAUAAUGAGGGUGUGAGGGGGUUAAAACUGGAUAAAAUUUAAAAUUGGCAGGAAUGGAGAGAAGACGCCAGAGAAAGGGGAGAGGUUUAAAGUACGUAAGCUGCAGAUUGGAAAGAUCACUAGGAGUUCAAAGUUGACUGUGAAGAACGGAUUCCAAGUGUAAGGGUAUAUAUGUGACCGAAGGCACAUUCUCGAAGAAUACAGAGGAUAUGCAAAAAGGAUUUUUGGGAAGACGAGGAGACAGAGCAAACGACCAUGGAUCGUUGAUGAAACGUCAGAAAUAGUCAAGAAAAGGAAAGAGAAAAAGAAAGUACCGAGGUUGCAUUAUGGUAUUCCAAAUUCAAGGAUUUACGUGAGAAUACUAACAAAGAAACUGAGAGAUGAAGCAGCCAUUGCACAGACUACAGAGGGCACUAGGUGCUUUUCAAGGGCGGGUGAGAAUGACAGCAUAGUAGCUCUAAGUAGGAGUUGUUAGGGUUGAAGAGCAAGAAGAAGUGCGAAAGGAAGACCGUUGACGACUUUGAAGAGGACUGUUCUGUGGAGAGCGGCAGGAAUAAAGCAGGUCGGAUAAGCCAGAGUAUGGCCAAGAGUAUAGAGAAGAUUAUCGACACAAAAAGGACGACUUGUACAGAAAGCAGGGCGGCCUUGUUAACUGAAUGAAACGAAAAGGCAUGACCGGAUGACGACGAUUAUGACUUGAACAUGGAUUCCUGUCAAGAACUGCACAUUCCCUCAAUCUGUGUUGCAGGUAACUGUUGUAAAAAACUAAUGGCAAACGUUCAGGUGACAUUAUCCCAUAAUAUGCGUCAAAGAAUAAUAUAAAAGAAAAUAAACUGCAUUUCGUCGAAAAACUUCAAUUUUUACACUUUUCUUGCCUGUAUAGCAAACAAUGCUUACGAGCUCAAGACCGGUACCUGGGUAUCGUUAUUGUAAUUAUUCGUUGACUUGCUACGUACACAGGCAGUAUCGAAUUUUGUUUCCCUUUGUCUCCAGAUAUGGAGAUAAGACUCCCAAGUCUAUACCGGCUCGUAUUUACUCCGCCUUCUGGAUGAUUUUUGGCAUGGUAAUUCUAUCAAUGUUUACUGCUGAAGUUACAUCUGGAAUGACGUCUAAAGAAUUGGUGCCUCUUCAUGCAUUUCUGGGGAAAAAGGUAAGAUUCCCUCCUAACAGAAUUGUGGACACGAGGAAUGAUAAGGUGAAACGGUAGAUCCAAAACGUUUAAACAGCUUCUUAUGCCUGUUGAAGCUUUCCAUAUCAUAAUUAAUUGAACGGAUCGAAGAUGACAAAACAGUUUUAACAAACAUAAAAAACAGAGAAUAUCGAUAACAAAAUUACUUUUCAAUAAACCCCAUCUUACCCUCUCACCAUACAAACGGCUGCAAAAUUUUGAGACUUUUGGGGAGCUUUAUCCUUGCCAAACGAUCAGAAACAAAACUUGUAAAAAGCCCUCAAGGUUUUUUUGGUCUUUUCUUGAAGAGCCUCUGCUUCCAUGUAGAGCCUGGUCCUCAGUGCUAGAAAGUUUCCUCUUUUGGUCACAAAUAUGUUAGAGACACUUUUGAAGGGCUUAUCCUGAGUAUUAGAAACGCCGGUCAUCCCACAAUUCCUGACUUAAGAUUGAAGCCCAAUUCAAUUUUAGGCAGAAAUCUAUUUACCCAGAAAAUUUAAUUGCUGCGUUUAUGCUAUCAUGAGAAACGUUAAAGUUUUCUCAGAAACUUAAUCUAUUGCUCAACAAAUAUAUCCUAAAUGUAAAAUCAUAACUAUACCUCAAUACUAGGUUGCAGUUCCCUUUUCUGGCAAGCGUCACUUUGGAGAAGAACUUAGAGGAGCAAAGAUAAUAGGUACUGCAAUCUAGAGAUGAUUAAUUUUGUGAUGACCUGGUGGUAGUAAUAUUCCAUUACCUAAAUUCAGUUUGCCAAUACACCUUAAAUUCCUCCUUCCCUCAAUGUAUCCAGACCUUACGGAAACGUAGUAUGCCGUAUCAUGGCCCGGAAACGAUUGUUUUGAUUUAUGUAAAAGUUCCAAAAGAACCCCUGCAUGACGUGUACCAAGAAAUCAUGACAGACCCUGUAAAAGUCCGUAAAACACGACUAAACAUACUCUUUUCUGCUGCCCGCUUUAUCGGUAAACUGAGUCACGCCGCCUUUUCUUGGAACCUAGCUUGACCUAAUGUGAGUCCCUAUUCAUUAUCUGAUGUUGCCUAAUGUUACAGUUAACAACAUCUGCACUAAUGUGUAACUCGUUUCAGAGAUAAAGUCCAACGGAAGUUUGACCAAGCACCUGCUAGAAGGAACUCGUCGAAUAGAGAGAAUAGUUUUUCACGCCUGUGAAGAACUUGAUGCCAACACAUUCGAAAAGCUCCAGUUUGUACGGGCAUUGAAGAAGCACUACGUUGGAAUUCGAAUAUUUACUACGCCAAGAAAGGGUGGUUCUUCCUUGGUGGAAUGUGUCAAGAAAAUGGUGAAAGAACAUCACAGCGGAAAUGAAUCCAAUGAUGAAGAAGCUCCAGACUGCAAGGACAACUCCAAAAUUGAGAUAACCGAAUAUGGUUCAAGAAAAGGCUUUGACUAUCGAGACACAAUCAGCAUUAUCAUGUACGUUUCUUUUGGUAUUGUUGUGUUGAUAUUUGUGGCAGGCAGUGCAUGGGAUUUCAUGAAGACCAGGAAUCUUCCUAGAAGAGACGAAGGUAAGAAAAAGAUUUUGAUUCAAGAUCACAAUUAUUCUCGUCUGAGGUAAACAACCCGGGGGGGAGAGGGGGGGACUCCGCAUAUGAAAGUGGUGGGGAUGCUCGUCGUCUCGCUUAGGGGUGUAAAUUUCGGAUUUUGGUCUCAUUUAGGGUGUUCUGGGCAAAACGCCAUCAUAUUUAGCCGUGAAGGUCUCGUUUAGGGUUGCACGCCAAAAAAAAUAAAAAUAUAUCUAUAUAUUGUCUGUUUUUUAACAUGGUCUCUUUUAGGGGUCAAAAAAAGCUUGUUCCACGCCCAGAUCGGUCUCCUUUAGGGGCUUAAUUCAAAAUUUCCGACGAGCAUCCCCAUCCCUUUCAUAUGCGGAGUCCCCCCCCCCCUUGGGGUAAACAAUAAGAUACGUAGAAUAGGCAAAUGGUAAUGAGCUGUUCGACUGUUAGUCACGUAAGCCCUUUUCUAGCUUCCAACGCUCAUGCAUUUUUUCGCUUUACUAGGCAACUUUGGAGACCAUGGGGGCGUAGAAAUGAAUGCGAGAGAAGAACAAAUAGAAAUCCGAGUGAUUAACGAAGACAAAGAUGGGAGAAGAAGCUUGAAAGCCACAACAACAAGUUUCAACAACUUAGUGGCAGAGCCAUAAUCUGGACCUCGAACCAUUACAUGGUUGAAAUUGGUUUUUCUCUCCUAGGAACGGACC